GUUUUCUCCACGUGAUUCAUCUCGCUCGCUCUUUGCUAAGUUAAAAACAGACUUUGUUUAUCUUACUGGCUGUUUGCAGCAAUGCUAAGCGACUAGUUAGCUUAUUUCCCUCCUUUAGCAUCCGAGCUAUUUGACUCUUCCCAGCUAAACAGCUGAGAAGAGCUCAAUAUUCUUGUUUACAUUUUUCACGCGUACUUGUUUUUUGUAUUGCCUAAUCGUGUUCAAUUGUAUAUUUAACUAAAAAUACCGUGCAGUGCAAAAAGGGAUCAGAAAGGCUCGAGCAUCGUUUACCACGUGUUACUACUAGCUGUGCCUCUGGGACCUUUUGGAUACCGUUUACAUUGAAGGAGUUUUUUUGCAGGAUCAGGCAGCUUCAAGCAGACGACGUGAGGAUUUUGUCUGGGCGAUUUUCGUAGAGCGCGAUGGCGACUCAAGUGGAUACGUGGUCCACGGCUCAGCCUGCUGCUGACGGCGUGUUCUCUUACGACGAGAAGCUGUCCGAGGCAAAUCGUCAUGGCAGCGAUGACGACGAUGCCCUGAACGAGAGCGAGAUCAACGGGAACUGGACCCCUCAGGAGAAAGCCCUGCACGAGGCCAGACUCAAGGCCAAAGCCAAGCGCCGCCUACGCAAAUCCUCAUCCAGAAACUCCACUAGUGACUCCAUCUCUGAGUCUGGCGAGAUGGGAGGGGUCGACCCACAUAGUCCGAAGGGCAAGGUCCCCACCAAUGACCGCAAAUCCAGGAUGGGGAAAGGUCGGGGACUGCCAAAGAAAGGUGGAGCAGGGGGUAAAGGAGUGUGGGGCGCAGCAGGGAUGGUGUAUGAAGUUGAAGAGCCAGACAUACGGGACCCCAACUACGAUGAAUCUUCUCAGGGUGACACAGUCUAUGCCACAGUCGUUCCAGUAAUAGACGAGAAGGAACUGGAAAAAAUGGUUAACCCAAUUGUACAAGAGUACUUUGAACAUGGAGACACCAAAGAGGUCGAGUUGUUGCUGAAGGAACUGAACCUAGGUCCUCACAAAUAUGAGUUCUCUUCUUUGGCUGUGUCUCUGUCUCUGGAAGGCAAAGCCAGCCACAGAGAGCUCACCUCACGUCUGCUCUCGGACCUGUCCAACAAGAUGAUGUCCCAAAGUGAAAUGGCCCAGGCCUUUGAUAAAAUGCUCAAAGAGUUGCCAGACCUCAUCCUGGACACUCCAGAGGCUCCACAGAUGUUGGGCCAGUUCAUAGCUAGAGCCAUAGCAGACCACGUGCUGCCCAUGUCUUUCCUAGACCGUUACAAAGGCAGAGUGGACUGUGAGCAUGCCAGAGUGGCUUUAGACCGGGCGACGGUGCUUCUAUCCAUGAAGAGGGAGGUGGUUCGUCUGGAUAACGUGUGGGGAGUAGGUGGUGGCCUAAGACCCGUUAAACAUCUCAUUAAAGAGAUGAACCUCCUGCUGAAGGAGUACUUGAUAUCUGGAGAUGUGGCGGAGGCUGAGCGCUGUCUGCGAGAUCUGGAGGUGCCCCACUUCCACCAUGAGCUCGUUUAUGAGGCUGUGGUGAUGGUGCUAGAGGCCAGUGGGGACAAUGCCGGCCGGAUGAUGAUUAAACUGCUACAGUCGUUCUGGAAGUCUGGCCUGGUCACUCUUGAUCAGAUGAACAGGGGCUUCCAAAGAGUCUAUGAUGAGCUCCCUGAGAUCAGCCUGGACGUGCCACAUGCCCACACUAUCAUGGAGAGCUUUGUGGACCUCUGCUACCAGGAGUCCAUCAUCUCCAAACACCUGAGAGACGCCUGUCCUUGCAGGGGACGUAAGCGGUUUGUGAGUGAGGGCGACGGAGGCGUCAUCAAGACCUAAGUGCAACAGGAGCAGCAGGACAAUGGGUGUCUACUCAUUCUCUGACCCAUUUCCACUUGGGCAUGGACUGAAGAGUGGGCUGGGUGUCCACUUCUUGUUAUUCACCGUCUUUGACUGGUUUUGUAAAAAAAGAAACAAAAAAAAUCUUUAUUUGGGAGUUACUCCCCUUUGCCUAAGUCUUUGUACUUGUUUAUCCAGAGGGAUUUGCAUCUGAGUUGCAGAUAAAAGGUUGAGAAUCCUUUUCCUUUGCUUUACUGGUUUACUGUUGUUAAUGAAGAGGCACUUACAGCGGAAUAUUUUGUAAAGUUAUUUAGAAUACACUCUAAAGUUUUAUUUUAUACACAAACUGUUUUUCCAAUCUCAGUGGUGUUCUUUUGCUCAUGCGCUUUUGUUUUCUUUCUUUACCUUUGCAGUCGGGCGAGUAUAUGGUCACUGUUUGGUUGUUAAAUUGGCACUUGUAUAUGGGCAAAUAUAUUUUGAAAAUUGAAUAAAAAAAAUAUGGGUAUUGCUUAUUAAAAAACGCUAAUGCUGCGUCACAGUAUUCUGCCAUGAUUAUUACCUGAAACUCUUACAUAAUGGCAUACAUCAGAGAAUAAUAUGCAUAUAAUAUAUUUGAAUCAUUUAUUCAUAGAUUAGAGCUGUUAAACUGAACAUUGUCAUCAUGCACAAAUGAGGCUUCACGAUUUCACGAUAUGUUUAAAAAGGAAGAUUCUGUUCAGACUUCACAUUGUAAACACCAUUAACAUUUGAAAGAAGACUGAAACUUGAACAAACUUAUAAACAAAUACAAGAAUACAAUGUAUUUUAUGUUUGUAGAAGUUUGAUAAAAAAAAAAAAAAAAAAAUCAUUUCUUUGCAGAAGACAUAAGAUGCAAUUAUUUAGAUAUUGUGAUUUUAGAAUUGCUUCAACUCAAAUUGCAAAAUCGUGCAGCCCAACAAACAAAAAAUGUGCCCACUACAACAGGCGUGCAUCACAGAGGUUGCUAUAAAAUGACACAAAUAAAGAGGUAUGUCUGGGCAAAUUGCAGUCACUUAAAGGAACUGUAUGUACAAUUUUUUUUUAUUUUUUAAUAACUGCAGACACAGGUCAUGUUUAUGAGGUAGACAUUUUCAAAUCAAAUAUAGUUUUUACUGAUGACAAUUACGGAAACAGUGGACAUGACUGCGAAGUUUAUGAUAAAAUUUGGUAUUUUGGUUGUCAAAACGAUUAUCCAUUUCAUUUAAAUCUUUAAGGACUCAAAACUGCCUGAGGACAAAAAGGCACGGGCAACCUGCUUGUUCAACUGAAUGUAGUACCUUAAGAGUGCAGACUACACACAGUUCCUUUUAAUGGAAGAUCUUUGACUCAAAAGUAAUGACAUUUUUUCCAACUUGUACCCUCUCUGUGAGAUCUGCAUAAUGUGUGUUGUAUUUGUAGUAAUAGCAUCAGUCAUAACUUAGCCCAUGUACACUCAUUUAUCAUGCAUAUAAAAGGUUGGAAAGCAAUAACUAAAGGAAAGAAAUAAAAAGGACCUAUAGAUUAAUGCAUGCAACAGGUUUUAUUUAGAUUCUACUGGCCUAUUCAUUUACUGAGAAGAAAGCUCUGCGGAAAACACUGCCAACUCAAAUAUCUUUUUAUAAAGUUCAAUAAAUGUUUACCCCCUCUGCUG